UGGAAAAUAUUACUAUUCAACUAGAAAUCUUCAAAUGAACCUAACUUAAUUUAGAUUAAGUGAAAAGUGAUCUAAAUUAGGACAAACUAAUCUAAAUAAAGAGAAGAAUAAUUAAGGUUCGUCAUAGGCCGGACCGAAAUUGUUCACUUGAGACUAACUAAUCCUAGAUUACGAUGAAUAGAAAUGUUUACGAGAUUUGGUUAAGAUGAUGAUGAUGAUUCCAAUUCUGAUGGUGUAUUUGUAUGGAUUAAGAUGGAAACAAGAUUAUUGAGAGAGUAGAAUUGAAACUGAAAGAAGAUGAAGAUAAAUUGAAGAAGAAGAAGAAGGCGUCGUAUUAACUAGUGAUCUCAUGACCUAAAUUUCGAUUACCUGUUAUCGGUAACAAGCCACGUUCGAAGCCCUCUUUUUAUAUUCUACACUAAAUUCUUAUAAAACAUCUUCAAUCUCUCUCUCUCUCUCUCUCAUUUUCUGAACGCCUUUUUCUCCUUCUUGAUUUGAUUUUUUUUCUCAAUUUGAAAUCAUCAUGAUAUCUACUUACCUUUGCGUCUUCUUCUUGGGUACAACUGAAUCAUGUCCCAAGUGAAAUGUUGAUUGUCCUUUGCUGCCCAAAUCCAGAGUGAAAAUUAAAGUUUCAACAUCUUUAUUAGUAAUUAUUGUUUCUGUCUUAAAUUAUCUCUCUAAUUAUAACCAACCGGCAAUCCAAACAUCAUCACCAUCAAAACGAGAUCAUCAUCAUCAUUAAACUAUCAGAACUCUUAGUACAAAAGUGACUAUCAUCUUCUUAAAGUUAAUCAACAAAGAAAUCAUAGUAAUUAAAGUUAAAAUUGAUGAAAAACAAAUUAUAAGCUAAUCAACUUUACCUUUUUGUUUGGUUUUUCUUGUGAUCUUUUCAACUGGAAACUUAAUUCAACUUAAUUAAUUAGCCUUAAGCAACCAAAACCCUAUGGCUGUACGUUAAUAUAACAGGAAAUAAUCUGUUAUUAAUUCAAUUGAUUAACCAAAGUUAACACACAACAAAUUAAUCCAGCAAAAAACAAUUGUGACAAUCAAAUCCUUUGUUUAUAAAAAGUGAUCACUAAUCAUCAACAAAGAGAUGAUUCAUUUCAAAAGCGUAAUUCUCAUUGUGAUUGUCACUUUGUUCAUUGGUGAAACAUUGGGUCAAGGUCGACGAGCGCCCCAGUCCCUUGGUCAAGCAAACAAUGGACGUAGAUCACAAUCACCAUCAUCAUCUUCAUCAGUAGCAUCUUCAACACCAUCACCACCUCCAUCGCGAGGAUCCCCCUCACGAAAUAAGCCCGAUGAGCCUGAAGAAGGUGAAGAUGACGAUGACGACAGGUCACCUUUUAAUUGUCCAAGAUCCGAUGGACUUUACGCUGACCCAAGUAACUGUAAAAGGUUUUACCUUUGCGGUGCUUACCAUGCUUACUCUCAGGCUUGUCCACCGUCACUUUAUUUUGACGAUAAGUUAAAAUUCUGUACUUUUAAAACGGCCUCAUUGGUCUGUGGUCCAGUCGAAGAGGAUCCAGAGGAAAAGGCAGCAACUAAUCAAGAUAAACUGACCGUUUGCAAUAAGCAAACUUGCCAAUUACCCAAUUGUUUCUGUACUGAUGAAGGUACAACAAUUCCCGGCGGUAUUCCCGCUCCACAAACGCCACAGUUUGUCCUCCUCAGUUUCAGUGGGGCAGUUAAUGAGCUCGUCUUUGAAACGUACAAAAAAAUCUUAGGCUACAGUGGCAAAUACUCAACAGCUCAAUCAAGAAAUAAUCCAAAUGGAUGUGGAAUCCGAUCAACAUUUUUCAUUAACCACGAAUAUGCUAAUUAUGCUGAGAUCCAAUGGCUCGCUGGUCAAGGCCAUGAAAUUGGACUUCAUUCAAUCACUCAUAGAACACCCGAAACAUGGUGGACUGACCGUGCCAAUUAUUCACAAUGGGCUGAAGAGGUUAUCGGUAUGAGAGAGAUCCUGUUGAAAUUUGCCAACGGCGGUGUAACUACCAACGGAGUUUUGACCAGAGACAAUAUUGUUGGACUUCGUGGUCCAUACCUUAAGCCUGGAGGUGACCCAAUGUUUGAAAUGAUGCACGAUUUUGGUCUCAUGUAUGAUUCAACAAUUGUUGCUCCUCGAAGUCCAGUUCCCAUUUGGCCUUUCACCUUUGACCAUCGACAACCAUUUGAUUGUUCAAACAAUCCAAGCAAUAACAACAACAAUAAUAAUAAUAACAAUAAUGGAGGAAGUGGCUCCUCUGAAGGAUCAUCAGGUGGACGAACUGAUAUUCUUAACACUGACGGACGAAAUGGCCGUGGUCCACCAGGAGGAACACCCCAACGUCAAAAAAGAUCAGAGCCUUUAAACCGAUCAAAACGAUCAUCACCUUACCUUGGCCGUCCGCUUAAAUGUCCAACCAAACCUUACCCUGGACUUUGGGAGAUCCCAUUGAAUCCAUAUUUCAAUGAAUUUAAUACUUGCCACCAUUUAGAUCAAUGUGUUUUCCCUUCGGCCGAUGAGACUGACGAUGGUUCCGAUAUUGUUGAAUUUCUCAUGGACAAUUUCAAUCGUCAUUAUUCAACUAAUCGCGCUCCUUUCCAACUUAAUUUCCAUGUUACCUGGUUCACCUCGAAAACUAAGGUUCGAGCCUUGAACAAGUUCAUUGAGAAAAUUUUAAAAGAUCACAAAGACGUUCACUUUGUCACCUUCCAACAAUUAGUUUCAUGGAUGAAAGAUCCACAACCUUUGGGCACUUGGAACCUUAAAUGUGAGGACACAAGUAAAUCAACAUCCGGAGUCUGUAACCGUCCCCACACUUGUGUACUCAAACACUAUCUUGACAAAAACGGCGAAGCAGCUCAAGCCGAUGAAGCCUCUCGAUCGGACACCCGAUACAUGCCAGUUUGCCAUCCAACCGCUUGUCCUCAACAAUAUCCAUGGUACGGUAAUCACGGUGGUUCGACUCGUAAUUUCAAGACAAUAAUGUCGCUGGUUGAUGAAGCCCUUGGUGCCGAAGGUCAAUUUCCAAUGAAAAUAAUUCAACUCGCUCAGAUUCACAAGUUUAAAUCCUGAAAGAAACCAUUAAAUUAUCGUCAAAAAUUUAUCAUCACUCUAAAUCUUUGAUAAUUAACUUUUUGUACCUUUCAUUUUGAUACAUUACUGAUUAGUUAUCAUUUUUUCAUAAUUAAUCAUUUAAUCAAUUAAAAUUGUCAACCUUUUUUUACUAAA